AAUACAUAACCCUGCCCUGUUGUCUCCUCUCUGUUUGAAAGUAGUGCCAUUCAGUGCUGCGAGCAAAUAUGUAGAAAUCUGGAACAAAAAUGAGAAACUCCCUUUUGUUGUGCAAAUGAUUUGGAAAGUUGACAAUUGUUCAACAAGAGCAAAAAUCCCAGUAUAGCUUUUAGCUGGAAAAAUGAUGCCCUGCGCAUAAGCUCAGAUUUUUUCAGGUGCUGGUAGCCUGGUGCAGGCUUUAGCACAAAGGCCUACUCAUUUUGCCUGGGACUGGGACCGGGACCAAUCUCUCUGGAACUCUUGAUGGUUGUAGCUUGUCUAAAUUCACUGACGUCACAAUUUAGGUAAGCAUUUACCAGAACAUAAGCCACAAGAUCACACUUGGAAUGAACAUUAAGAGGACUGGAGCGUUGAGGCCAGCGACAAUGAGAUCUCAGGGCAGGGACUGAGCCUCACAGCAAAAGGAACAUCAUCAUCUACAUUUUUUAACAAGGCAGAUGUGGGGUUAACAGAAGUGGUGGAUAACUCAAGUAUAUUUUAUUUGUAUCCUGCUUUGUUUUCUUCCAAGGAAUUCAAGGCAGCUUGCAUAAUUCUCAUCCUCUCAAUUUUAUCCUCACAAGAAGGAUAAGGUAGGUUGGCAGGGAGUCUGUGAGUGGCCCAAAGGCACCCGGUGAGCUCCAAGGCUGAGUGGGGACUAGAAUCCAGAUCUCCUGCAUCCCAGACCUGCACUCUUCACCACGGCACCACCCUGUGUCUCAGUGGGAAGAGAGAAAGUGGCCAGUAAUGCCUGCACUGUCUGGCAGUAAUGGCUGCCCAGGCUGUCAGGGAGGGUUUCCCUCAGGCCUGCCUGGAGAUCACAUCUGAGACCUUCUGCAUGCAGAGGACAGUGUAGCUCAGUGUACCACUGAGACACAGCCUGGGCUUAAUUUGCCACAUUCAUACUGCCUGGCAUUAAAGGGCCCCAGGGCCAGAGUUUCUUCCCAGGCCUUUCCUUACUGUCUUGCAUUCCAAGAAUGCCGUUUGUCAUAUUGCCCGUCCUUCUGACUUGUCAGAUAUGACUGAUGUCUCGAGGAAUGACAGGACUGGAGAAACCCAGCAGAAGCUCAGUGGCACAUGUCCAGUCUCUGGGGAGAAUUGUUGAGACAGCGGGGUGGGAACAUGGGGGCCAUGUCUGAUGCCCCAAGCCGCGUUGCAUCUGGCCCCUCUCUCUUCUCCACUGGCUGCACAACUGCACACCUAAAGGGCCGCACCUUUUCUGCACAUUGAGCACCAUCCCUAUUCUUGGGUUUCAGUUUCCCUCGCCUUGAAUGAGAAUGCCAGGUGUUAGCAUCAGUCACAACAGCCACAGAGAGGACACCUGGGCCUGGAUGUUUUUCCCACAUGAGAAGCUCUUGUUUGCAGGAUACGCAAGUGCAGAGUAACCCAUGGAUGCUCUGGGUGGCUGAGGAGGACAGUGAAGGGGAGCUGCUGACUUGUGGAAGCUGCUCCCUAGGGUUGGCACAUCAUUUAUGAACCUUUCUUUAAACGAUUUCUUAGCUUGCUUUCAGGGCAGAUGCCUUCCCAAUGCAGUGUACAGUGAUAAAGCAUAAAAACCAAUAUGGCCUUAAAAAGCAAUGAAACACGGUGGAAGCAACAGUAGAACAGUAGAAUAAUAAAUGUAUUCAGGGAAGACUAUGGUAAAUAAUAGGCUUUCUGGGCCUUCUUAAAAGCUUGUAAUGCUGGGGCUUGGCAGGCCCCUGAUUCCAGAGGCAUGGGGCCACUGCAGAAAAGGCCUUCUCUCACUGCUCACCCAACUACAUUCACAGGUGGCCCUCUCCUGCUGAUCUGAAGUACAGGCCAGCUGACAGGGAGUAAAGGUAGUCCUUUAAUUUGGUCCCAAGUGCUUGAAGGCUUUUUGAGAACAGUACUUCAGGGUGUGCUUGGAAACAAACCACUAACCAGUGUGGCUGGCACAGUAUAGGAGUUACGUGGUUGAAUCAGGCUGUCUCAUUCUGUACCAAAUCAAGUCUCUGGAUUGUCUUCGGGGGCAGCCCUAUGUGCAGCACAUCCCAGUGACCCAGCCUGGACAUCAUCAACGCAGGGAUAACUGAGGCACUGGCCAUCCUCUCCAGACUGGGCUAGAGCUGGCAUAUCAGCCUAAGCUGGUAGAACGCACUUCUAGGCCUAGCGGCUCACCUGGGCUUCCCCGCUUGGCCCAGAGUGCAGAAGGACUCCCAGACUAUGCUCCUGGUCUUUCAGGAAGAGUGCAGCCCCAUCUAAGACCAGCUGUUAACCUCCAUCGAAAAAGACUGGUUUCCCAAUGCACAGUUCCUCCAUCUUGUCUGGAUUAAAUUUUGGCAUGUUUUCUCUCAUCCACCCCCAAACAAUUUCCAGACUUGGCUGAAGUGAUUGACAGCUUCACCAGGAUGUGUGGAUGGCUGUCAGCCACAUGGAUGAUGACGCUUCACCCCAGCCUUCCAGAUGACUUCCUCCAGCAGCUUCACGAGUGUUAAGAAACAGGGAGACAGGAUGGAACCUUCUGGCACCCCACUGGCUAGCAGUCAUGAGGUGGCUCGGAGUCCCAUCACCACCCUCCAAGACCUCUUUUCUAGGAAGGGCCAAAAGCACCUUAACACCAAGCCUUCCAAGCCCAGCACAUAGAAACUGGCCAGGAGGAAACCUCUGAAAGCUGCUGAGAAGUACAGAAGAACCAGUGGGGUUGCACUGCCCCCACACAUCCCCCGGCUAGUCUUCAACCGGGGCAGCAAAUGUGUUUUUGUCCCUCAACCCAUUCGGAACCUGGGCACCCGUGUGUCUGCAGAGACCCGCUGCCGCUGCCGAGUUCUCCUGCCCUGUUCUUGCUCCCACUGCUUGUCACUCCCUCUUCAUUGUUCCUCAUGGGCCAGACAAGUACUGGAAACAGAAGCAAUGGGGCUGCUUCCUUGCCUUGGCUUGUGCUCCACCAUCAGGCAGUGGUCUGAGGAGCAGGGACAGAGACUAAGUGGGGAGAGAACUGAGGUGGUGGUGAACCCCCGUCUUGCCUAAGGCCCUCCCCGCUGCAAACACAAAGCUGGGACCAGUGCUCCCAGUUAACUUUGUUUUUUGGUACAUGGCCCAGAAUGCAGCCAAAGCCAAAUCCUCCCCAGCCCAGUUCUUUAUUCAGAAUUGCCUCUUCCUAAAGCUGCUUUCCUUGAUUUUUUGAAAAAGCAGUUGGGGCUACUUCCACACAUUUGCGUGUGUUGCAUACUCCUCCCCCAUCUCCAUCUCUCAAUAAUUCGUCUUCCACCACAUAAAAUGAGCAAGCGAAUCAGACUGUGUUUGGCUAAUCAUGUCCAGGCUUGCAUUUUUUUCACCUGAACAGUCACUGAGAAACAUUGGAUGCAGGAUGAGGAUCUGCGGGAACCCUUCGCGUGACUCGCUUGGGUGUGCCGCUGGAUGGCAUCCUCUCCCUGGCCAUUGCUCACCACCCCCCUUUCUCCCUUCCCUCUGUCCCUCCUUCCCUCUUCAAAUGCGCUUUCCCUCCUUUCCCCCAUGGACUGUCUUGCAGAUGCGGUCAUUGCUUCCAUUGUGUGUGUGUGUGUGAGUGUGUGUGAUGGGCGCGGGGUGCGGGGGGGACAGGACGGGACAGAGGCAGAACUUCGCCUGCCUCAGGAUGCAUGAGUUACUGAUGAGUAUUGUGAGGCAACUGGGGAAGGGAAUGAAACAUUUCAGCCCAAAUUCCCAAAAGGGAACACAGGGGGGGCAUGUGCGUGUGCUGGAGAGGGAGUGAGUUAUAGGCACACAUGAAAAAAGGAGGGGUAAAUUGAAAGGAAAUUAAGUAAGACAAUGAGGCCUGUUGUAAACAAGUCAUAAGGUCUCUCUCCCUUGUUUUAAUUAUUCCUCACAUUUGUAUCCAGUGUUUCUUUCGUCUGACACAGAACCCAAGGCAGUUUACAUAAUCGCUCUUCUGCUGUCCAUGCUAUGUUCACAACAGCCCUGUGAGGUAGGUUAGGCUGAGAGUUCAUGACUGGCUGAAAGCCACCCAGCGAGCCCUGUGGUCAAGUGGGGACUGGAACCUGGGUCGCUGAGCCCCAGUCCGGCUUCCACAUGCUGGCCUCGGUGCUCUCUUCCUGGUCCUGUUGUCAAAUCAUGAAAAGUUCGAACGCUGCACCGGUGACAGGGCUGUGGCUUGAACUCUGGUCUUCCUGGUCCCAGUGCCCUCUGCAUGUUUUGGACUACAUUCCCCUUAAAUCCCUGAGUAUUGUCCAUCCUGGCUGGAGCUCAUGGGAGCUGUAGUCUGACAACAUCCAGGGGGCUGGCCUGCUCUGAGUAUCGCAUGGCCCUGUGCUCUCUUCUCCCCACCCCCCACCCCCACAUGUUUGCGGUCUUGCCGCCCGCUGCUCUGCCACGAAGAGCUGUUUGCCUUGCACUUGCCGGCCGCGUGUGAAGCGGCUCCAUUCAGCCCUCCGCAGCCCCGUUUGCCUCGGCCGCUCUGGCAGGCAUGCGCUCGAUCUGCCUCCGGGAGACCAGGCAGGAGGCAGCUCCGCGGGGCUCCGCGUCUGUCUGUGCGGGACCUCCUAGGAGACCUUUCAGGGGGGCUGACAGUGCUGGACAGUGCUGCGGCUUCCGUCUGCGUUCGCUUCCCGAGGCUCGCCCCUUCCCCAGGCUCACAGGUUACUGCCUGACGGAUUCUGCCGCAGUUACACCAGACAUUUAAAUCAUCAGCCACUUUUAAUGAGCCGACUGGGAAGGAGGGAUCCUGCAGGAGUUAAUUGGGCCUAGCAGGGAGCCAAACAAAGGUUGGCUGCUGCAGGGGAGGAGCUGCUGGGGAGGAAGAAGGGCCUCGGAGCAGCCAGACGGGGGUCUUCGUGUCUGCUGGUGACAGGCAUUGACUCGGCUCCCCUAUCCCUCUUGAUGCCUUCUGGUUCCGCAAAACGCCUGUUCCCAUGGCGCCCUCUGCUGGAGGAAACGGGAGGCUUCCUUUCAAUCACCCAAGGGCAGCGCUGCACCGGGACAUCUUCCACCGCACGGGUUUGAUGCAGAAGAGGCUCCCACAUGCCUCGGCAUUUCAGCAAUGUCAGGGGAGGGUGUCUGGAAACAAGGAAAGUGCCAACCCAGCAAAUGCCAGCAGCACUGGCAAACUGUCAUGCUUCCUUUUGGACAUUGUGAUGGCCUCUGCCACUUCAUUCCCAGCUUUUGCCUGCCCCAUGAGGUGUUCUUUCUGGCAGGAGCAGGGGCACAUCUGAAGUAAGAAUCUGGAUAGCAUGCAAUAGUCAGGGAUGGAGAAUAGUCCUUGCUUUCAGCUCCCUUGUUCCUGUACAGGCAUCCAAACCCUUUGGCUCCCUUUCUUGCAGCUCCAUCGAUUCCUCUCAGGCCCUUCAGACAGGUUCUCUUUUCUUUCUGUCCGACUCAUUUCCCAGCCGUGAGUCCAGAAGGUGCCUUGCUCAAUCACAAGCACUGCUCUUGUUUUGCAGGCUGAGUGCAUGAACUUUGUCAAGAUUCUUCACCUCUACAACCGCACACACCUGUAUGCUUGUGGCACUGGGGCCUUCCACCCUACCUGCGGCUUUGUCGAAGUCGGACAGCAUGUGGAGGACCUUGUGUUUAAACUGGACCUCAGGAGCUUGGAGGAUGGCAAAGGCAAGAGCCCCUAUGACCCACGGCAUAUGGCUGCUUCAGUGCUUGCAGGGGAAGAACUUUAUUCUGGUGUUGCUACAGACCUGAUGGGCCGGGACUUCACCAUCUUCCGCAGCCUGGGCUCAAGGCCCUCCAUCCGGACCGAGCAACAUGACUCCCGAUGGCUCAAUGAGCCCAAGUUCAUUGAUGUCUUCUGGAUCCCGGAGAGCGAGAACCCUGAUGAUGACAAGAUCUUCUUCUUCUUCCGGGAAACGGCAGUGGAGGGAUCCCAGGGACUGGGCAAGCAGACCUUUGCUCGCAUUGGCCAGAUUUGCCGGAAUGAUAUGGGAGGACAGAGGAGCCUGGUGAACAAAUGGACAACAUUUCUAAAGGCCCGGCUGGUGUGUGCCGUCCCAGGCAGUGAUGGGAGCGACACCCAUUUUGACCAGCUUCGGGAUGUCUUCCUGCUGCCAACCAGGGACAAGCGUAACCCAUUGCUCUAUGCUGUUUUCACCACCUCCAGCACUGUUUUCAGAGGCUCUGCUGUCUGCGUGUACCACAUGAACGACAUCCGCCGAGCCUUCCUGGGGCCUUUUGCUCACAAGGAGGGACCCAACUAUCAGUGGGUGUCCUACCAAGGCCGGGUCCCUUAUCCCCGCCCAGGAAUGUGUCCCAGCAAAACUUUUGGCACAUUUAGUUCCACCAAGGAUUUCCCUGAUGACGUGAUCCAGUUUGCCCGCAACCACCCAUUGAUGUACAACCCAGUGCUGCCACACGGGCAGCGACCCGUCUUCCUGCAAACUAACGUGGGCUACACUUUCACCCGCAUCGCAGUGGACCGCGUGGCAGCAGCCGAUGGCCACUAUGACGUCCUCUUCAUAGGCACAGACAUUGGCACAGUCCUGAAGGUAGUCUCUGUGCCCAAGGAGAGCUGGCAAAACAUGGAAGAGCUGCUGCUGGAGGAGCUGCAGGUGUUCAAGGACUCUUCUCCAGUUACCAGCAUACAGAUCUCUUCCAAGCGGCAACAGCUCUACAUGGGCUCCAGGACCUCCAUUUCCCAGCUGCCCUUGCACCGCUGUGGGAUCUACGGCAAAGCUUGUGCGGAGUGCUGCCUAGCGCGGGACCCCUACUGUGCCUGGGAUGGCACCGCCUGCACGCGCUACAUGCACAACACCAAACGGCGGUUCCGGCGCCAGGAUGUGAGGAAUGGCGAUCCCAAUUUGUUGUGCUCUGGAGAUCCCCAGCGAAGUGCCGUGCCGGAAAAGAAGCUGUACGGAGUGGAAGGCAGCAGUGCCUUCCUAGAGUGCCUCCCUAAGUCUCUGCAGGCGGAGGUGGUGUGGACCUAUCAGAAGAGCAGCACUGCCCCCAGGAAAGAGGUGCUGUUGGACGAUCGAGUCAUCCGGAUGGAGCGGGGAAUCCUGCUGCGCAACGUGCAGCGCAGAGACGCCGGCUUCUACCACUGCCACGCCACAGAGCAUGGCUUCACGCAGAGUCUGCUCCGCCUCCGGCUUGACGUGAUCUAUGCCCAGCAGGCUGACUCUCUUUCCCUCUCCUGGGAGGAGGAUGCCACGGAACCCUUCCAUCGGAAGCUCUGGUAUCAGGAUUUCUUGCAGUUGGUGGACCAUCCCAACCUCAGCACCAUGGACCAGGUGUGUGAGCAGCUGUGGAGCCGCAAGAGCCACCAACCCAAGAAGAAGCCGCUCUUGCUCCCUCCACUGAGUGUCAAGGCCAAGAGUCACAAGUGGAAGCACCUGGAGGAGAAACGGAAGGCCCGCAGCCGGAGAACACAUGAAGUGCCUCGUGCGGAAAGGGGGCCCCGGAGCACGGACAUCUGGUGACCUGCGAGAAGACGGCUGGACAACCUUUUUGCUGAGGGGGCCAGGGGAGCAGGGGGCAGUGUGGGGAAAGGGAUCAGGGGAGAGAGAAUAGGACUGUGUGUGGCUCCUCCAGCUUGGUGAAGAGGCCUUCCUUCCACACCAUCUCCCAGAAUCCUGGCUGCUGCUUCAGUCGUAGUAUGUAGGGGAAUAUCGCCAUCAUAGCAGUGUAGCUGCCGCUCCUCCGAGCCUGGCAUAAAGCAGCAGAACCUGACAGAAGUGGGAGGUGCUGCACCCCAGACCUCUUCCCUAAUGCACGACCAAAGAUCAGGGCGCCAACUGAAUGGAGAGGUGCAGCCUGUGUGUCCCUGUGUCAUGGGAAGUACAGCUGGAGACGAAUGUGGUGUGUGGAGGAGGCAUCCUCAAGGAUCUGCUGCCUGCCAAGGUGAAAUUUAGGGACUGAGGUGGCCUUCAGCUCUGGAGCUUCCCAUGGUGCUCAGACAUCAUCACCUGACAAGGAGAGAACCUUGAUGCAUCUCGCAACAGUGGCCAAAUACCCUUGCCCCAAACUCUUUCUCGAUAGGCUGGGCUUCAGGCCCCUUUUUUCUUCCUCUCAUAGCUAAGCCUACUCACCUUGUGGGCCAAAGUGUAGCAAUGUGCUCUCCGCUUCCAGAGACACACAAGAACCACUCGUGUAUUUAUUAACAAUAUUUGUUUACUGAUGAAUGUAAAUCCACCACCAGGUGUUCCACCGGGAUUGAGCCUUCGACUGAAGGAACAGGACUGUUGUUGGGUUGCCCAAAGGUCUGUGGGUAGACCUUCUGACUGAAAUUUCUCUGACUGAUUGUGUGUGUGCGUGCACACAUGCGUGCGUGCAUGAGGGUGGGUGAAGAUGGGGAAGAAGUCUCUGCAGAUGACCGGCUUUGGGAUUUGAGGUGUUUCUGUGGUGUAAAAUUCAUCAGGGAAGGAUGUGGUCCGCUCAGCUAGUCCAGCUGAAAGCCAUCCUCUUGUGAGCAGGAAAAUGAGACAAAUCCACAGUUUUUCAGGAAUGGAACAGAAUGAAUGAUUAUAUAUUAAAUUCACACUGCAAAACUGUACUAGAAUAAGGACGCAAGCUUUGAGGCCUGUUUAGCCCUCAGUACAUCGUCCGACACUUGAGACAGUUGGAUGUGAGCUGGCCCUCAGUUGUCCUGUCAGUGAGAAAGGUUGCAAUGAGCAGAUCAUCCGAAGCCACAAUGGAUGUUGGAGCUGUGGGGCACCCUCUUGUCCUUUGCCUGAAGCAGCAAAAUGUUCUGGGCUGGCCUUGAUGCCCUCCUGGUAUAAAGCAGAUGCUGGGAAGAGGGGCUUGUAGUCCUGCCCAACUUCUUUGCAGCAUGCUAGCAUACCAAACGUAGGGUUUUCCUCCUUUUCAGGCCCCUGGCUAAAGCAGUAUGUCCCCAGACAGGUUUAGCAUACCUCCAGCUGUUUUGCCCAGAGAAUUUCAGAGGCAUCUGAAUUGGCAUGGCUGACCUACUAUCCUCUAACCUACUUCGAAAGCACUUCGUAAGUUCUAUUUGUUGCAGUAAGGAAAAUGCGCCCAUACCACAUAGUUAUACCAUCUUCUUCCCCAUUUCAGUUUAUGGGGGAGAACUGUUGUUUGACCACUGCGUUACUUCUUCAGAAUAUUAGACCGCAAGUAUGACCACUUUUUCUACUGUUAGAGCUGCAAUCCUUCAUAUGUAUUUCCUGGGAAGAAGCACCAUUGAAAACAAAAUUCUAGACAGGUAAAGGAUUGCACUGCAAGAGACGUAUGGGAGAGGCUUCAGGAGAAACAAGAUACCCAAGAGCUUGGAGAGUCAUAUUUGUGACAUGCUUCCUGUGUUUUGUGUGAAAGCUGCAGGUGACCUAGCUGUUGUGAAGCACACAGGUGCACAUGACCUUCCAUGUGGUCCAUGGCUUGGCAUCACAGCAAGCCACCCUGGCAAUAAAUCAUGGCCGGGUGGGUUGUCAUGAGCCCUCAGCUGGGCUCAGUGUAGGUGGUUGUCCCUGGGUAUCCCAGUAGACCCUGCGGGAAGAAGGAGCUUUUUCUCCUCCGUGUUGCAAUCACAAGUUGUUUCGGGUUUGCCAUGGCUUUUUCCUUUUUACCUUUUUUGGCCUAGAGUUUGCUAAAUCCAGGACAAGAGGGGGAAAGCCACAGUGAGCCUGAAACAGAUUGUGAUCUUGGGAGGGGCAGCUGUGCCAGUUGGCAUUGGGGCUCACUUGGUAGCCUCAUGGCAAAGUCAGCAAGGGUUUUGCUUUGCUUUGUUUCGUUUCGUUUUUGGUAGUGGGUUGCUAGCUGGUUCCCCCGCCUGGAACAGGUCAAUGACCAGGUUCAGAGAACAUGAGAACCCAUUCUGGGUGCAACAAUUCCUACAAAAAGCCAUGGGUUGUUCAGGUGACUUGUUGCCAGUGCAGCCACCCCAGGGAAAUCUGCCUGGGUCCACAGAUGUCACACAAUGGCUUGCAACCCCAGAAACAGCCAAUAAUAGGCAGGGCAGCUCCUUUUGAUCCAAGACUGGUUUGUUUAAAAAGCAUAUAAGAGCUGAAACCUACUGGAUGAUACUUGGCAAGCAUACUUGGAUGUUCUUUUAAUUUUUUUAAAGCUCAAGCUUUUCCACCUGUUCCAUUUCUUCCAGUGUCCAGGAAGAAUCGAUAAUAUUGACUGUGUAGCAUAUGAGAAUCCUAUUUGGGAUUCUUUCUAUUUUUGGAGCUUUGUGGUGAAAAAGAAAGCCCAGAGGAAUGUGCCAUGGGGAUCUGUAGGAACUAAUUUGGGUAUUAUUUAUGUAUUUUAUCUCAGCCUAUGGCAAACUCUAUAAGGAAAACAAACCAGACAGCCUUUCUGGGCCAUGAAAAAACCUGGCAAUUCAAGAACUGCCAUGGUCAUCACUACAAAAUGGGACACAUAGAUAGCAGCAAAGGACAAGUCACUGGCCAAAAGUCAGCCUAUGGCAGAGCAGGGGCCUAAACCUCAAUGUGCUAAACUCCUUUUACCUCACAGUUUUCAGCACCAACUAAUUCACAGCAAUCCCAUGGAAACAUCUGAUUUCAUUUGAUUUUGAAUUGGAAGGGGUGGGUUACCUUGGUGGGCCGGAAGAAAACUGUCCGGGGCUGCGAGUGCAGGUCAAGGGAACAGGGAAUGCGAGUAGUUGCUGGAAGAGGGAUGUGGCCCUGCUCAUUUCCAGAUGUACUUGAGCAGUGUAAAGACUGUGCUGGAUCCAAUGUGGUGGGAAUGUAUUAAUGUAAUAAAGCAGUUAUUUUAA